GUGGCAUGGAACAAACGCGACCUUCUAACGUACGCUGUUGGAGUCGGUGCUAAGAACGAUGAAUUCCCUUUUAUCUACGCGACACCUAUAGACCCCAACUUUGCUGCUCUCCCUACAUACCCUGUCGUCUUACAGCUUAAGGGUGCCGAUCAAGAUGUGAACCUUUUUGCCGACCGGGUGAAGGGGCGCCCUAUCCCGGGUUUGCCUCCUUUGAAUCCUAACCGUGUCGUGCACGCAACCCAAUCUAUCGAGAUUAUCAAGCCCCUCCCUCUGGUGAGCGGAGACGGCUGGACAUGGAAGACUCGGUACACAGGCGUCGUCGAGAACAGUGCGUUUGGCAUUAUUCUUACAGCGGAGAACACCCUCGUUGAUCCAAAAGGAACUGUAUACGCUAAACUCUUCGCAACCGGCGAGAAAUACUCCAAGUUUAUUGCUGGUCCCCCUCAGGGAAAGCCAGUCCCGAAAGACCGAAAGGCCGAUUGGAUAGUAGAGGAACAAACAACACCAGAGCAAGCUAUCGUCUUCCGUUUGAGCGGAGACUAUAACCCUCUACACAUUGACCCCAGAAUAGGCCAAGGUGCCGGCUUUGGCGGGGUCAUCCUACAUGGCCUCUCGACCUUUGGCUUUGCAGGCCGCGCCGUUCUGAAGACUGUCGGCGCUAGCGACCCUAACUCACUUAAAUUCUUCGGUGUGCGCUUCACUGCCCCAGUCAAGCCUGGAGACAAAUUGGAGACAAGCAUCUGGGAGGUGGGUAAUGGCCCUCACGGUACCACCGAGGUGGCCUUCGAGACAAAGAACUUGACCACUGGCAAGGUGGUGCUUGGGGCUGGUAUUGCAUAUGUAUUGAAGAAGGGCGGCGCUAAACUAUAACUUUGUAGACCGAUCUAGCAAUGUCGUUAUUGACAAAAUUUAUACAAUGAUCUUCUUACAUUUCGAUGACAACCCAAGCCAACCAGCUUUAUGUAAUUCUAGACCAUACUCUUCGCUAUCUUGUCUGUAACGUACCUUCACAGGAUCACUAAGGCAUUGGCCUCGAGAUGUCGGCGCU